AUGAUGAUGGGUCUAUUAACCAAAUCUCUCUCAGUCUCUCUCAUAGCCUUAUUUCUCUCUCUCCUCCCAUUGCUUCAAAUCAAAGCCCAUGCCCGUGACACAACAUCAUCCCUUAAUGUUGCUAGUAACGAGACUGAUUUCCGUGCAUUAUUGGCCUUUAAGUCAACUAUUCUCCCAGAAUAUCGACAGGCCUUGAGUUCAUGGAAUGAGUCUCUCCAUUUCUGCCACUGGGAAGGUGUCAAAUGCGGUCGCCGACACGAACGAGUCACUGUUAUAGAUCUCGCGUCCAGAGGUUUAAUUGGUUCUUUGUCUCCUUAUAUCGGAAACCUCAGUUUUCUCCGGGAGCUUAGCCUCUUUAACAACACUCUUACGGGUGAAAUUCCAGCUGAACUCGGUAAUCUUUUCAGGUUACAGAAACUAAAUCUAGGCAUUAAUGGUUUUGAAGGGAAAAUUCCACCACACCUAUCUCGUUGCUCCAAUCUUAGGGACCUUAGGGUAGGCAGAAACAAGCUAGUUGGUGGGUUCCCGAAAGAACUUGCUUAUUCAAUGCCUAGACUCAUAUCACUCUACGUUAAUGAUAACAAUUUGACCGGAGGGAUUCCUCAGUGGAUUGGGAAUCUUAGUUCUCUGGAAGACUUUAAUGCCGCUGGCAAUCCUCUUGAAGGAAGUAUUCCUAAUGCUUUGGGUCAAUUGAAAAAUUUAAGAGCACUUUGGCUGGGUUCCAGUCAAAUUUCAGGUACCAUCCCUCCUUCCUUAUACAACCAAUCAUUGCUAAUUACAUUAUCAGUGCCUGCAAAUCGAAUUGGGGGUAGUCUUCCUCCGACAUUUGGUUUCAAGUUCCCUCACCUUCAGCUCCUUCAGUUACAGCACAACCAAUUUGAUGGUCCAAUUCCACUUUCAAUAUCCAACUGUUCGCAGUUGGUACAAUUGGAAUUGGAUCAUAACAAUUUCAAUUCAGUGGAAAACGACUUGGGGGUGGUAGUUUUGGAGAAUGGCCAAUUCAGAGGUGUAUUACCAGACUCUGUGGGCAAUCUAUCUAUCUCUUACUUGGCACUAGGUCUAAAUCAGUUGUACGGAUCUAUUCCUUCAACAAUAGGAAACCUUGUGAAUAUUGGAACCUUAGCUAUGAAUAAUAACCAAUUCACAGGCCCGAUACCCGAUAGCAUAGGUCAUCUUCAUAAGUUGCAAAGACUAGAGGGGGCAAUACCCUCGAGUCUUGGCAACUGUCGCAAUUUGUUACUGUUGACACUUUCUGGUAAUAACCUUAAUGGGAGCAUACCAAGAAAACUUUUUACGGUCUCUUCUCUGUCAAUUACAUUGGAUCUAGCUCGCAACCUUUUGUCUAGAUCCUUGCCACCUGAGGUUGGAAACCUCAAUAAUUUAGUAGAAAUCGAUAUCUCCGAGAAUGGUUUGUCUGGUGAAAUUCCUAGCACUCUUGGUAGGUGUGUCAGCCUUGAAUACCUAUAUUUGGGAAAAAAUUUCUUUGAAGGUUCAAUUCCUUCAUCAAUUUCAUCCUUGAGAGGUAUUCAGAAUUUGGACCUUUCCAAUAAGAACUUAUCCAGUCAAAUUCCGAGAUUUUUAGAGACAUUUAUUUUGCUGCAGAAUCUCAAUUUGUCUUUCAAUAAUUUUGAAGGAGAGUUACCAAUGAAGGGUAUUUUUACAAAUGCAACUGCAAUAUCAAUUGUUGGUAACUAUGGGCUUUGUGGUGGCAUUUCUGAACUACGACUACGUCGGUGCACCACAGAGAAAUCGAGAAAAAGGAUGUCUCUUUUACAAACACGAGGAAUCACAGUAGCUUUGGUUGCAAUCGCAGUAGCUUUGGAAGUCAUUGGAGUAAUCACGAAAGAUUCAUUCUCAAAAGUCACUUAUGGAGAACUUCUCAAAGCAACUAAAGGUUUCUCUUCUAGGAAUCUUCUUGGGUUUGGAAGCUUUGGCUGUGUUUAUAAAGGUAUUAUUGACCAAAACGGGAAGUUAGUUGUGGUGGUCAAAGUAUUUGACCUUCAAACUCGUGGCGCUACCAGGAGUUUUGUGGCAGAGUGCGAAGCCUUAAGGAAUGUUUGA